CUCUCCAGUCCGCCCAAACCACUGCAGUGCAAAUUUGUUUGUUGCUGCAACGUUUCGUUUAGUAAUGACUGUCGACUGAUGAUAUAAAUUUGUGUCGAAAAUCGAAAUCAACCUUAAGUCUUUAACCAAAGUUUUUACACAGUGUGGUACUGCCAUCAGUGGAAAGUUAGAACACACCUUCCAGAAUGGCACCAGUUGAGGGGCCUGUUGCUCCAAACCCAUCAGAUGAGAAGAAAAAUGUGAUUGGCUUCAUUUAUCCUCCUCCAGAAGUGAGGAACAUUGUGGACAAGACUGCCAGUUUUGUGGCCCGCAAUGGAGUGGAGUUCGAGUCUCGUAUUCGCAUCAACGAGCAGAACAACCCCAAGUUCAACUUCCUGAACCCAGGAGACCCAUACCAUGCUUAUUACCAGCACAAGGUUCAGGACUGCCGUGCCGGCAAACCGCUCCCAAGCAAGGAGCCCCCAACGCGCACGCUGGUGUCGGCGGCGCAGCAGCAGAAGCAGCAGGAGCUGCUGCGCUCCGUGGUGCAGGAGAGCGCUGCUCCAGCCAAGGAGCCGCCCAAGGAACCACCACCGGACUUCGAGUUCAUUGCUGACCCACCCAGCAUCUCCAGCUAUGAUCUUGACGUGGUGCGGCUGACGGCUCAGUUUGUAGCCCGCAACGGCCGCCAGUUCCUUACGACGCUUAUGAACAGAGAGCAGCGCAACCCUCAGUUCGACUUCCUGCGCCCCCAACACUCGCUCUUCCAGUACUUCACGAAGCUGCUCGAGCAGUACACCAAGGUCCUCAUUCCGCCCAAAGAUCUCCUCAAAAAACUUGCUAAAGAAGCCGAGUCUAGCAAGGAAGUCUACAAGCAGGUGCAAGCGCGAUUGGAUUGGGCUCGCCACCAAGCAGCGCUCAAAAAGAAGCAUGAAGAAGCGCUCGAGAAAGAGCGUCUGGAGUACGCCUCGAUUGACUGGCAUGGGUUCUCAGUUGUGGAGACUAUAGACUACCAGCCUUGGGAAGUGGGCACAUUUCCGCCACCCACCACACCUUCGGAGGUGGGUCGACGUGUGUUGGCACAGGACCGGAUGGACGAAGGGCUUCCUCCAGACUCUGACAUGGUCUUGGGUAGCGACGAGGAAGAGGAAGGUGACGCUCCGAACGGUCGCGGAGCUCCAGGAGAGCAGGACGACACGCAGGUGCAGGACAUGGAGGAGGAGAGUAGCAGUAGCAGUGAUGAUUCCGAUGAUGAAGACGAAUCCGACAGUGACGAUGACAAGAGCAAAGCCGCCUCACCGCCUCCUCCACCGACUGACGAUGCCAGGAGAAUGCCUCCUCCCUUGCCUGUGUCACAACCAGCACAGCCUGCACCUGAACCGCCCAAGCCAAGUCAGGUCAUCGUCAGGGACUAUGACCCCAAACAAGAACGAGCCAAAGAGGCGCGUUCAUCCGAUCGUUUCCUCGUAUCGCCCAUCACAGGAGAACGCAUUGCUCCAGAAAAGGUGGACCAGCAUCUCAAGAUUAAUAUGCUUGAUCCCAGGUGGCUUGAGACGAAGAAAAAGCAGGAAAAAGAAUCCUCGUCUCAAGACAACGUCUUUGCUGCUGGCGACUCAGUGCGGUCAUCGCUCAAGUUGCUGGCUGAGCGGCGUACAGAUAUUUUCGGUGCUGGAGAUGAGGAAACAAUCAUUGGUCGUAAGAUCGGAGAAGAGGAGAGAAAAGAGCCCGAAAAAGUCACGUGGGAUGGACACACUGCGUCCAUGGAGUCCGCAACCCGGGCUGCUCGAGCCAACAUCUCAAUCAACGAACAGAUUCGGCAGAUUCAUCAAGUUAAGGGUUUGUUACCUGAUGAAGAGAAAGAGAAGAUUGGUCCGAAACCUAAAACAUUGGAAGGGAAUACUGGUCCUAAACCUCCCCCACCACCGCCACAAAAGCAACCUCCUCUCCCUCCUCCACCAACCCCUCAACCUCCUCCCCCUGCAAACCCGCCUCCUCCACCGCCUCCUCAAGCGAGGCCCCAGCCUCCCCCACCUCCCGGUCCUCCAGGAACUGGACCUACACCAGGGAUACAGCGACCACCCGCACCGCCGCCUCCUCAGACAAACAUGGGCACCACGGCCAACAUGACGCCCAUGACGAUGGGGCCAAUGCAGGGUAACCCACAAGGGAUGCAGCAACCCAUGAUGCGCAUGCAGUUCGGUGGACCCAUGCCCCCCAUGAUGCACCCUAACCCUGGCGUGAUGAUGGUUCCCAGGCCCCCCGUGAUGAUGAGACCCGGUUUCAUGCCUGGGCCCGGGCCAAUGGGAGGGUUCAUGCAACAACGCCCCGGGCCACCCAUCGGCAUGGGUGGAUCCGGGAACAUGGGCGCUCCAGGGAAUAUGGGUGCUCCAGGGAAUAUGGGUGCCACAGCAAACAUGAGUGUUCCGGGGAACAUGGUUCCAUCAGGAGGCGUUGGAGGAGCGGAUGAUGACGAUGAAGGUCCCUCGGCCAAGAGGGCUCGCACUGAGGAAUCUCUCAUCUCAGUGUCGGAGUGGGGCCGACGGUACCCCGGCAUCGUCAAGUUCCGCGUCGUCAUGCCAGAAGUCGCCGACAAGACGGAGUGGCAACUCAACGGCCAGACGCUGGCGGCCGCCUUCAGUCUCGCCGAGAACGUGUCGGCGCUCAAGUCUUUCGUGCACGCGCAGACGGGAGUCCCGCCAGCCAAACAGAAGCUCGUCAAGGAUGGCAUGUUCUUCAAAGAUUCUUUGACCCUCGCCUACUACAACAUUGGGCCCAACUGCAUCGUGCAGAUGCAAUUGAAAGAAAGAGGAGGUCGUAAGAAAUAAACGCCUGAGAAAGGCAUUAUUCAUUGAAUUAUACCGGAAAUUAUUCAAAAUUUGGUCUACUGACAAAGUCUGUUUGCGCUAAAAUUUAUCUCGUCACUUCAAGUUACCGAAACCAAACUACUCGCUUCAAAUUGAAAGUUUCAUUAUGUGCGCUUCACAUUAUAGUCGAAUCAGUUUCUUUAAUAUCUCGAGGAACGCAACUGUAACGAUUCAAAUCACCCGCGACGUAAGUACAAAUGCACCGUUUGGUUCGGUAAUGUCAGUCGUGCAAGUGUACCAAUAUAAAUCUGGAAUACAAACGAGAUAUUGCUGGUGUUUUAAUGCCGAUAAUUACGUUUUAUUAAGCAUUACAGCACACAUAAGAGUUCAGUUCCACUCGCUAGCAACUAUUUCAUGCAUAACCGCUGUAAAUUAAAAUUUUAAUAAAUGCUAACAAUUAG